UCAGGGAGAAAAAAAACUCCAAUUUUUCAAUCCCCUGAGCAACAAAAUUUGUUGAAUUCUUCACAUGCUCUUCUGGGAUUUUCUGAGUAUUCGUUGGACUUCGAUCUCGGAUUAAGCUUUCAUUUGCUUCUUUUUUUCUGGGUAAAAUUCGGGAUACCCGUUUUCGACGAGCUUAGAUGAGUGUGGAUGAAGCCGGUAGCAGCUCCGAGUGGACUAGGGAGCAAGACAAGGCAUUUGAGAAUGCCCUUGCAACUUAUCCCGAGGACUCUUCAGAUCGGUGGGAAAAAAUUGCAGCCGAUGUACCCGGAAAAACUUUGGAAGAGAUUAAAGAACACUAUAAGCUUCUAGAGGAUGACAUUAAUGCGAUCGAAUCAGGCUGUGUGCCUCUUCCGCCGUAUAAUUCUACCGUGAGUUCUGCAGGCCAUGCUGGUGAUGAAGGAGCCAGUAAGAAGGGAACCAGCCAUGCAGGACAUUUUAACAGUGAGUCAAAUCAUGGGAGUAAGAAUUCCAAGUCAGAUCAAGAACGCCGCAAGGGGAUUGCUUGGACAGAGGAUGAACACAGGUUAUUUCUUCUCGGUUUGGAUAAAUACGGGAAAGGCGACUGGCGAAGCAUAUCCAGGACCUUUGUGGUCACUAGAACGCCAACACAAGUUGCAAGUCACGCACAAAAAUACUUCAUUAGAUUGAACUCGAUGAACAAAGAUCGGAGGCGAUCCAGCAUCCAUGAUAUUACCAGUGUCGGCAAUGGAGAUAUUUCAGCACCCCAUGGUCCAAUCACUGCUCAAUCAAAUGGCGCUGCAUCCGUAGUUUCCGUUGGAAAACCAACCAAACAGCUUCCUGUACAUCCGGGUGCACCACCCGGUAUCGGUGUGCAUGGUGUUCCAACUAUAGGGCAACCGAUAGGGGGUCCCCUCGUCUCAGCAAUUGGCACACCCGUGAACCUUCCUGCCCCUCCACAUAUGGCUUAUGGAGUCAGAGCUACUUUACCCGGAACAGUUGUUCCGGGUGCUCCGGUGACGUACCCGAUGUCGCAUGCAUCUGCUCACAGGUAAUAAGAUUUGCUUAACUGCAAGCACAAGGUAUGUAUCAUUUGUUUAAUCCUAAUAAGGCCAUAGGGAGAGAAUCUAAAUGUAUUUUUAUAGGGAAACUAUGGAAAAGUCUAAUGCUAAAUAUGGCAGAUUUAUGAUUAGGGCACCAUUUUGGCAUACUUUCUUUUAUUUGCAUUAGACUCGGUUGAUGCAU